ACAGUAGUAAGACAUUUAAAGCAAUAACAUUUGAGAACUAUCAGAAGAACAUGGAAGAACCCAGGAAAAUUGUUGCAACCCAUGGGGUGAGAUGCUUUUCCAAGAUCAAGAUUAGACACUACAGCAGUUUUAGAAUCUGGGAUGAUGACAUUUGCAUCAACCAGCUACUGGAAGAUAAGCUAAGGAAACAGGAAACUCAUUCAGUACACCACUCAAAAUGUUUCUGGUGGCAUUAACAGGGGCGUAUUUAGCGAAAUCGCUAUCAGGAGUUUAUAUGAGUUCAAUGCUCACACAAAUAGAAAGACAAUUCAAUAUCCCCGCAUCUAUAGUCGGAUUUAUCAGUGGGAGCUUUGAGAUUGGAAACCUUUUACUGAUUAUAUUCGUGAGUUAUUUUGGAACGAAACUGCACAGGCCUAUCAUGAUUGGUGUCGGAUGUGUGGUUAUGGGCCUAGGGUGUUUCUUAAUAUCACUACCUCAUUUCCUGAUGGGCCGAUACGAAUAUGAAAAGGCGAUUUCACCUUCAAGCAACUUGUCUUCAAACAGUUUAUUGUGUUCAGGAAAUAGAACCGAGACCUCAAUGCCAACACCGGACCCAGCAGAGUGUGAAAAAGAAAUUAAAUCCUCAAUGUGGAUAUAUGUAAUGGUAGGAAAUCUUAUCCGUGGAAUUGGUGAAACUCCCAUCAUGCCCUUGGGUAUUUCCUACAUAGACGAUUUUGCCAAAUCUGAAAACUCCCCUUUAUACAUUGGGAUUUUAGAAACAGGGAAGAUUCUUGGCCCUUUGAUUGGACUCUUCUUGGCAUCCUUCUGUGCAACCAUUUAUGUAGACACUGGGUCUGUGAAUACAGAAGACCUGACCAUAACUCCCACUGAUACACGCUGGGUCGGUGCUUGGUGGGUCGGCUUUUUGAUCUGUGCCGGAGUGAAUAUCCUCAUCAGCAUCCCUUUUUUCUUUCUUCCCAAAACACUCCCAAAGAAUGGAUUGGAGGAUAACAUGGUUGUGACUAAAAGUGACAAAGAAGAGAAACACCAAGAGAAAGCCAAGAAGGAAAAACGUGGACUCACUAAAGAUUUCUUGCCAUACAUGAAGAGCCUUUCCUGCAACCCAAUUUACAUGCUUUUCAUCCUUACAAGUGUGCUCCAGAUUAAUGGAUUUAUCAUUUUAUUUACCUUCAUGACUAAAUACCUGGAACAACAAUAUGGAAAGUCAACUGCAGAGAUAAUCUUUCUCACAGGUCUUUAUUCCUUCCCACCUAUAUGCAUUGGAUAUUUAGUUGGUGGCUUGAUUAUGAAGAAGUUCAAGAUUACUGUCAAGAGAGCUGCAUACAUAGCAUUCUGCCUGUCCCUGACUGAGUAUCUUCUAUCUUUCUUUAACUAUAUGUGGACCUGUGAUGAUUUCCCAGUUGCUGGCUUAACUACAUCUUAUGAAGGAAUUCAGCAGCCAUUAUAUAUGGAGAAUCAAUUCCUUGAUGACUGCAACACAAGGUGUAACUGCUUAACUAAAACGUGGGAUCCAGUGUGUGGAGACAAUGGUCUAGCAUACAUGUCACCCUGCCUUGCAGGUUGUGAAAAGUCUGUUGGAACAGGAAUCAACACGGUGUUUCACAAUUGUAGCUGCAUUUGGUCUUCAGGAAACUCAUCUGCUGUCCUUGGGCUGUGUAAGAAAGGCCCUGACUGUACCAUCAAGCUGCAGUACUAUUUCAUCAUGUCAGUAAUUGGCUGUUUCAUCUACUCACUAGCAGCCAUACCUGGGUAUAUGGUUCUUCUGAGGUGUAUCAAGUCUGAAGAGAAGUCACUUGGUGUUGGACUACAUGCAUUUUGCAUAAGAGUAUUUGCUGGCAUCCCAGCACCUGUUUACUUUGGUGCCUUGAUAGACAGAACCUGUUUAUACUGGGGAACUCAGAAGUGUGGGGAGCCAGGGGCAUGCAGGAUGUAUGAUAUACACAACUUCAGGCGCAUUUACCUUGGGGUGCCAGCAGCUCUAAGAGGAUCAAGCUACCUCCCAGCAUUCUUCAUUGUAUUACUUGUGAGGAAGCUCCAAUUUCCUGGGGAAGUUGACUCUCCCAAACCAAAAGUUGCAAAGGUGAAGCUCACAGAGAAGGAAAGCGAGUGCAUGGUUGCGCUCAGAAGUCCUGAGUUUGAGAACGGCAAAGAACUGAAAACUAAGCUAUAAUGAGGUUUCUAUUGGCCCGCACAAGUCCAUGGGCAGAUUGUGCAUUUGGAUUCUGUGGAAUCAUAAGAGGCACUACUAUAGGUACUCUUUGCUUGUACUUAAGGACCUCAAAAUUAUUUUAAUUAUGAUAAAAAUAUUCACCGAUAUUAUUUUUGAAGCAUUGCACAUACGAUUUUCCCAGGGAAGGAUAUAGUGACUCCCCACAUUAAACUUUAAAGCUGACCUCAUUUGCAACAGUUUUUUCACUUUUAACUCAAUCAAACAAUUGUGUGUUUCUCACAUAUAUUCAAAAAUUUAAAACUUUCCCAUUCUCAAAACACUAUUCAAUUUCAUUGAAUUUAUGUUUUAAUGUUAGAGGUUUUUGGAGCUAAAGAUUUGUAUCUUGGUUAGAUAACAUUGAAAUAGUUUGUUCAAAUGUAUCCUUUCUAUGUGCAAGACAUCUGCACACCUCUUUAUUUUUAUUUUAGACAUGAUGCUUCUAAAAUUAGGCUACUCAUUAAUGUGUUAUCUGUUGUUUCCAAUCCCUUCUUUCAUAACUCAUAACACACAUUUGAUGACUUAGAGAGCUGACAAAUUUAAUAAGGUUAUUAAAAUCAUGUAGUAAA